AUGGCGAGCUUUGCAGACAUCUUGAGCCAGCCGUCCAUCGCAGCGCUCGUCUUGAGCUACCAGUGUGGCAUCUACGGCGACGUGUAUCCUCGCUUUGCGGCGUCUCGGCGAGCGGUCGAGUGUCGUUGCGGGUACGCCGAGCGUGGCAUGUACGUCAUUGUCACGUCCCUCGUCGCCGACGACAGCGUCGACACGGACGACGAGCAUCUUUCAGUGCUCUACGCGACCACGCUUGGGCUCACCCUCGCCAGCGAUAGCGAUGCGCGGUUUCCGCUGCACGUGUCGAUUGCCGAAGGCGACGCGUACAUCGUCGACCGAGCCAUCGAGACGGCCUUUCUGCACCACCGCGUAGCGAUUGCAAAGGACUUCCUCGUGCGCCGCGACCCGUCCCUGCCAGCGCUGUAUGUGCGGCAAUCGCCGCUGGACGCCGAUCAUUGGACCCAACGGAAUGGCCUGCGUACUGUGCUCUACCACGACAGCGCCGAGGCCUUUGCUUGGUUUUUGCAAUACGCAAGCUUGCCCAGCACCAGCGAGUAG